AUGGCUUCCAUGAACAUUCACAUGCUCAGCACUAAAAACCUAAACCAUGUUGCAUUUUCUGAAACCAUUCGCCCGCUGCGGUCGGUUUGUACCGGGCAGGUCUGUCUGCCUAAAAGAGCUAAAGUAGCAACAGCUUCUCCUACCAAACAAACGGUUGUUGUCGCAUCUCCGGUGGCCGUUGAAGUUGAAGCUAGAGCUAGUUCUGGUUCAAAAACCAGUACUACUACUGCUAAUUCUUUGGCUCAUUCCUGGAGAGAGAUUCAAGGCUCCGACAACUGGAACAAUUUAGUCGACCAAUUGCACCCUCUUCUCCGGCAAGAAAUAAUCCGGUACGGCGACUUUGUAAACGCGUGUUACUGCGCUUUUGACCUGGAUCCCAACUCGAAACGCUACCUCAACUGCAAGUACGGCAAGAAAAGCAUGCUUAGAGAGGUUGGAAUGGAGAGCAGCGGCUAUGAAGUUACCAAGUACAUCUACGCUACCCCAGACAUCAACAUUCCGAUCCAGAACGGCGAGUCGUGCGGACGGUGGAUCGGAUAUGUGGCACUAGCCACUGAUGAAGCGGUGAAGCGGCUUGGAAGGAGAGAUAUUAUCAUCAGCUUCCGAGGCACGGUUACAAACCCCGAGUGGGUGGCAAACCUAAUGAGCUCCCUCACUCCUGCAAGGCUUGAUCCUUACAAUGAACGGCCUGAUGUGAAAGUAGAGUCUGGUUUUCUGAGCUUAUACACUUCUGAUGAGAGCGACAGUAGGUUCGGAUUAGGAAGUUGCCGGGAGCAGCUUCUUUCCGAAGUGUCGAGGCUACUGAAAAAGUACAAAGGCGAAGAGUUGAGCAUAACCUUAGCUGGACACAGCAUGGGAAGUUCUCUGGCUCUUCUUCUUGCUUAUGAUAUCACAGAGCUGGGGUUAAAUCGUGUCAAUUGGAGCACGAAAACACCCGUCACCGUGUUUUCCUUUGGAGGCCCUAGAGUUGGGAAUUCCGGAUUCAAGAGACGAUGUGAGGAGUUGGGUGUCAAAGUAUUGAGGAUAGUAAACGUGAAUGAUCCGAUCACGAAGAUUCCUGGAAUGGUGUUCAAUCUCGAGAAUUUUAGGGUUUUGGGAAGUGAGCGAUUGUCAUUUGAGUUUCCUUGGAGUUGCUCCUGUUACGCGCAUGUCGGUGUUGAAUUGGUGCUUGAUUUCUUCAACAUGAAAAACCCAUCCUGUGUUCAUGACCUGGGGACUUAUAUCAGCUUGCUCAAAUGCCCCAGGAGAUCAUCAAUGGAGAUUCAAAGAGAUACUCAAGGUGGGGAGUUUGUCAAUAAGGCAAAAGAAUUGCUCGCAAAUAUGAUAAGUCUGCAAAAUUUGAACCUGCAGCUAUCGAUCCCAUGGAGAAGUAGUAAUACCACUACCGAAAGCAAUAUAUAUAGUUAA